AAAUUGAAAUUUAUGUGCAGUCCCUGCGAAUCUCCAAUGCAGCUCGCAAGGAAAACACAAUGGGAGAAGUUGUAAACUUGAUGGCAGUAGACGCACAGCGUUGCUAUGAAUUUUCACAGUACCUACACCAAACAUGGGCCAGUCCAUUGGUUAUCCUGACAACUCUCUAUAUCCUCUGGCAGAUCUUUGGCUUGGCAACAUUAGGUGGACUGGCUCUUACAAUGAGUGUGUUUCCAAUAAGUACUUUUGUUGCAAAAAAAGUCAAACUCCUGCAGAUGGAACAGAUGACAUAUAAGGACAAAAGGAUCAAACUGAUGAGUGAAGUCUUAACUGGAAUCAAGGUAUUGAAGAUGUAUGCCUGGGAGACAUGUUUCAGGGACCAAAUCCUCAAGAUUAGAGAGAAGGAAAUUGCAUUAUUGAAGUCAGCUGCAAUGUGGAACGCCUUCAAUACCUUUAUGUGGUUUGGUUCAACAUUCUUGCUUUCUCUCAUUAUAUUUGGCACGUUUGUCAUGAUUGAUGAACGCAAUGUCCUCACUCCAGAAAUAGCCUUUGUCACACUAGCAUUGUUCAAUAUUAUGAAAAAUUCUGUCUACCUGUUUCCAGUGAUGGUGCAGACUCUGCUUCAGUUUAUAGUUUCUUUUAAAAGAAUAGAAAAGUUUUUAAAUGCCGAAGAAUUGGAUUUGAAUUCUGUUUCUCACGAUGAAAGCAAAAAUGAGUCCCUAAUCAUGGAGGAUGGAACAUUUUCGUGGGAUGCAAAAGAAAACUCUGGGACAGUUUUACGCAAUAUCACACUCAAGAUACAGCCAGGACAACUGAUUGCUGUGGUGGGAGCUAUUGGCUCUGGCAAGAGUUCCCUUAUCUCUGCUUUCUUGGGUGAGAUGGACAAGAUCUCUGGAUAUGUCAACACUAAGGGUACAAUAGCAUACGUACCUCAGCAAGCGUGGAUACAAAAUGCUACAUUGAGAGAUAACAUUUUGUUUGGCAGUAGCUUCAACAGCAAAAAAUACAUUAAUACUGUAGAAGCCUGCGCUCUUACACAAGAUUUUGAUAUGCUGCCCAGUGGAGAUUUUACUGAAAUUGGAGAAAAGGGUAUCAACCUCAGUGGAGGCCAGAAGCAGAGAGUGAGCCUGGCUCGAGCUGUGUACAGUGAUGCAGAUAUUUACCUACUGGAUGAUCCUCUUAGUGCUGUGGAUGCUCAUGUUGGCAAACAUAUCUUUAAUAAUGUCAUUGGUCCAAUAGGAGAGCUAAGAGGAAAGACUAGGAUCCUGGUAACACACGGAGUUUCUUUCCUGAACCAAGUGGAUAUUAUUGUGGUACUGAAAGCAGGAGAGAUCACUGAGAUGGGAACAUUUAGAGAGCUAUUGGUCAAGAAAGGAGAAUUCUCAGACUUGAUAGUGCAACACAUCAGCACCAUUGAUGACCCUGACUUGGAAUCAGAAAUUGAAGAAAUGUUGGAUGAUGAUGCCACAAUAGCGCUGCUGAAAGAAAAUAUACAACAAAUUAAGCCUAAUUCUGGAAGAUCUUCAAUUUCCUCAGUAAGUCAAUUACAGUUAACUCCUGGUGACAAGAAGACAAUCACCUCUUGCACAGACCAGUUGAUUCAAGCUGAGAAAAUCGAAACUGGCAGUGUAAAAUGGAAGGUUUACAUGCACUAUUUAAAAUCUUCAGGACGAUUGCUGUUUCUAUUCUCAGUGGGCUUACAAACUUUGUCGCAAGCACUGUGCGUCGCUAUUAACGCCUGGCUUUCGAUUUGGACCAGUGAUGAGACAGCUGUCGUGGAUGGGGUUCAGGUCUUAGAAAAACGUAACUUCUACCUGGAAAUAUACGCUUUACUUGGUUUCAGCAACAUGUUUUCAACGGUAAGCAGGGCGUUUAGUAUGGCAUAUUGUUCCAUCCUGGCAUCUCGUCAUCUCCACCUAUCAAUGUUGUCUAAUAUUCUUCGAUCUCCUAUGAGCUUCUUUGACACUACACCGAUUGGAAGACUGAUUAAUCGCUUUGGAAAAGAUAUAGAUUUUGUUGACAAUGCCAUUCCAGUUUUAGUCACCUAUACAAUAUUUGGUUGGCUGAGUGUUUUAGGGGCUCUGGUAAUUAUAACCUGGUCUACCCCAAGCUUUGCUUACGUCAUUGCUCCUGUCGGGCUUCUUUACUAUUUAGUGCAGAAAGUGUAUGUCACAACAUAUCGCCAGCUGCAGAGGUUAGAGUCGGUUUCUCGAUCUUCUGUCUUCGCCCACUUCAGCGAGACUGUUUCUGGUGCUUCAUCAAUUAGAGCGUACAAAGUUGAAGACCAGUUUAUGAAAACAUUAGAGGACAGGGUAGAUGCCAAUUUGGUGUUCAGCUAUCCUAUAAUGGUCGCAAACAGGUGGCUUGGUGUCCGACUGGAGGCAGUAGGAAAUACAUUAAUAUUUUUUGCUGCUUUAUUUGCAGUUUUGAAAAGGGACACUUUGGAUUCUGGGAUUAUUGGUCUCUCCGUCAGUUAUGCUUUACAGCUCACUACAGUACUAAACUUUGCUGUGCGUACAACCUCCGACCUUGAGGCAGGCAUUGUAUCUGUUGAGCGGAUUAAGGAGUACACAGAAAUUCCUCAGGAAGCAGCAUGGGAAGUACAUCCUAAACCACACCCUGGUUGGCCCAGCCAGGGUACUGUCCAGUUUAAAGAUUACCAAGUAAGGUACAGGGAAGGACUGGAAUUGGUUCUUAGAGGCAUCUCCUUUGCAGUCAAUGGCGGAGAAAAGAUCGGCAUCGUUGGUCGCACUGGAGCCGGCAAAUCCUCUCUCACUCUGAGUCUGUUCCGUAUACUGGAGGCUGCUGGAGGACAUAUUUACAUUGAUGGUGUGGACAUCUCCGAGAUUGGACUGGGAGAUCUCAGGUCGAAGCUUACCAUCAUUCCUCAGGAUCCAGUUCUAUUUUCUGGCUCUCUACGUAUGAACCUGGACCCAUUUGAAGUGCACAGUGACACAGACCUGUGGCAAGCACUGCAACUCGCACAUCUCGAUGAGUUUACUCUCUCCCACACACAGAAGCUUCACCAUUUGAUCACUGAGGGUGGAGAGAACCUGAGUGUUGGACAACGUCAGUUGGUAUGCCUGGCUCGAGCUUUGUUGCGAAAGACACAGAUUUUAAUUUUAGAUGAGGCUACAGCUGCAGUAGACUUAGAGACUGAUGACUUGAUACAGCAGACAAUACGCAGAGAGUUUAAAAAAUGUACAGUGCUCAUAAUAGCUCACAGACUCAACACCAUCAUGGACUCUGACAGGGUGAUUGUGUUGGAUGAAGGAAAAGUUAAAGAGUUUGACUCACCUACACAUCUACUGAAGCAGCCAGAAUCAAUCUUUUAUGGAAUGGCUAAAGAUUCUGGUCUUAUAUAAUAGAAUAUUCUUUUAGCAAAUAAUUAUUUUAUUAUUUCGUUAAGUUAUUUAAGAAAUGUAUUGGCUGGUGUUGAUAUCACUUGUGAUUAUGUCUUGUAUGGAUAUCCAAGUCCUGUGCUAUUGCUGCAAUGAUAGUAAGAAGGAAUCUCAAUCCUAAAUUUAUCAAUUUUACAAUAAGCGUUUUGUUAUGUUAUACAUACAUUUUUAUACUGUGGCUUGUUCAUGAAACAUUUUCUCUGUAUUUUAGUAAAAGUGAAGUGUAAAGACAACAAAAAUCACUGUUCUGAAAAGUAAUAUCAUAGUCAUAAAAUUGAUUCUUUUUCCACAUCAACAUGUGAAGAGAAUAGCCUCAAUAGCACCAGAACACAAUUUAUUAUGCUUUUAUUUGGACUCAUUUUCAGUUUAUAUUGCACAAAAGCCCUCCCAUUAGUAAUUUCUUAAAACUAAAAAUAGAAAGAUACAAUAGUUAAGGCCUUUUUAACAAUCUAUUGUGUCCACGUCGAUGUAGAUGGAGCUGUUGGUUGCGCUAAAUUAAAACACAAAGACAUUAGAAAAUCACCUUAUUUGAAAUUCAAGACCUGUCCUAAUGCAAUUUGUAAUAUACUCAUCAUCAUAUGUUGGUAUUGUAGUAAUGUCUCUGAACUGAUCGAAACUAUUCAUGUUUAAUGAUUUUUUUUGUUUUCACAAUCUCCACUAGAUGCUAAAAAUUUAAAAAAUAGUUAUAAAAUAAUUACAUAAAAAAUUAAGUAAGGCAAACGAAUAAUCUGUUGUUUAUUAUGUUAAUAUGAUGUUCUAAUCAAAAAUAUACUGUUCUUGAAAUUUUCAUUUCAUUCAUCUUUUCUAUUCUAAAAUAUUACAACCUGAAUGACUCCCACCCAUAGUUUUGAUUCUGGGUAAGCUUGUGAACUGUUUGACUGCAUAAAAACUUACAGUAAAAUAAUGAUUAAUAUAUUUAAUAGAUUGCCAUGACUAGUGCUUGUUUUGAGGCAGAACAUAGUAGAACAAUGUUCCGGUACCUCUCUCUAAAGAAAAAGCUCUUUUGGUUUGCACAGGAAACUUUCUUAGGCUCUCCAGAAACGCUCAGCAUGAAAACACAUUUAUGAGUUCUCAUUCAUAUUUUCAACAUUUUCUUGGGGGCCAAGAUCCCCUUUCUUUUGAAAGUAUUCCCCAUACCUCCCAGACUAAGAAACCAAGCACUGGUCAUGACUAUAGAUUUCUGUUACAUCUAUUGAUUGAAAAUUAUAGCACCAUUGUAAUAUAUUAUACUUUUCUUCAACUUUUAGCAUUUACAGUCAAUUGAACAAAUAAUCUUAAGUAAGAUAAGAUAGUUCUUCAGUUAUGAAUUAUUUUGAUUUGUAUUAUAAACACUAAUGGUGAAGUUAAAGAUCAUAUAAUAAAUUAUAUGGGUUUAUAAAUUG